ACAAGAAGCCCUAUACGACAUCCCAGUAGCCAUUGAACGCCGCAACUAUGCUGCCACUCCGCUGCGCUCGGUCGCCAGUGGCGCUGUCGGCUCAAUUGCCCUUGAAGCGCGUAGCUCCCUUCUCCACCUCAGUUUGCCGGCAACUACUCAACUCGGACGUCAGGAUAACCAGGACUGGAAAGCCCAUUCUGACUGUUUCCGGUGGACGUUCCUCGCUCGGAGGAUACACGGCAACCGUCUUCGGAGCCACUGGAUUCUUGGGACGUUAUAUCGUGAACCGACUGGCUCGAUCAGGAUGCACAGUCAUUAUCCCUUUCCGCGAGGAGAUGGCGAAGCGCCAUCUUAAGGUCGCUGGAGAUUUGGGCAGAGUCGUUUUCAUGGAAAUGGACCUUCGAAACACCCAGUCCAUUGAAGAAAGCGUACGACACUCUGACAUUGUCUACAACCUCAUUGGUCGCGACUACCCCACCAAGAACUUUGAUUUGGAGGAUGUACAUGUUUCUGGAACUGAGCGCAUCGUGGACGCUGUUGCAAAGUAUGAUAUCGACCGAUUCGUUCAGGUUUCAUCCCAUAGUGCACACCCGGAAUCGGAAUCGGAAUUCUACCGCACCAAGGCUAGGGGCGAGAUUGUUGCCCGAUCCAUCUACCCGGAGACGACUAUUGUUCGACCUGCGCCCAUGUUCGGAUUUGAAGACCGUUUCCUGCACAGGCUUGCCUCCCCAUCCAACAUCAUCACCGCCAACAACCUGCAGGAGCGUUCCCGACCUGUUCACGUCAUCGAUGUCGGCAUGGCCCUUGAACGCAUGCUCCACGAUGAUACGACUGCGGCCCAGACAUACGAACUUUACGGCCCCACCGAGUACUCCAUGGCCGAGGUUAGGGAGCUUGUAGAGAAGGAGACCAUGCACCCAAAACGCCACAUUAACAUCCCCAAGCGUAUCUUGAAGCCUCUUGCACACUACGCUAACAAGCUUCUGUGGUGGCCCAUCACCUCGGCUGAUGAGGUAGAGCGGGAGUUUAUUAACCAAAUCAUCGACAAGAACGCCAAGACGUUCAAGGAUUUGGACAUUGAGCCGGUCGAGUUGAAGGCAAUGACAUUUGACUACCUCAAGGGGUACCGAAGUUCGAGUUACUACGACUUGCCGCCCAUGAGCGAGAAGGAGAAGAGAGAGGAGAAGAAGUAUCUGCAUGUUAUCGAUGAUCAAUAGAGAAUUGUUUCCUGGAUCAAGGAAAGAAGAAUCGAGUUUUGUAAAUAUCCGGGCUCAUUGAAUGGACUGGAGCGGUCUGUAGAAUCAAAGACGUUUCCUUUGUG